AUGGAAACAUACUUGAUCUCAGUUGAUGUAAAUGUGUGGAACAUUGUUACUACAAAAUAUGUUGUUCCUACGUCCAUUCCUUCAGAUCCUGAUGCUAAAACUCAAUAUGAGUUAAAUGCUAGAGCUAAGCAUGCUCUGUUAUGUGGUCUCACCAAGGAUGUGCUUGUUAAAGUUAUGCAUUGUGCAUCUGCUAAUGAAAUAUGGAGUAAGCUAGAAACCAUUUAUCAAGGUGAUGAAACUUUGUUUAUGGCUGAAAUAGAAACUUCGAUGAACAUAUCAGAAGAUAAUUUUGAUGACUUAGAACAAGGUGAAAUUGAUCUUGAAGGAGAAUUGCUUUGUGCUCUUAAGGAAAUCAAAAGACUAAAGAAGCUUGUAGUUUCUCAUGAAAGUGAAAUUCAAAUUUUGCAAAUUGAAUUGAAAGAUUCAAAGCAAACAGUUGAAGAUUUAAAAGUUUUACUUGCUGAUAGUGAAUUGAAAGUUAAUACUUUGGAACAGCAAACUAAUUCUUUGCAUAAGCAGAUUGAGCAGUAUGAAAGUACCUUGCAUUUAAAUGAAAUUUUAAACAAACAAAAACUAUGCAAGAAUAUGACAGGUGUAGGCUUUGAAAGUGCUAAAUCAGCAAAACAGAUUACUAAACCUUCAAAUAGAAAUCAAUUUCAGGCUUAUAACAGAAUGACACCUUUUAAGCUUGGAUUCUUUCAUGGUUACUGUUUUUACUGCAACAAGUUUGGGCAUAAGGAAAAUGGUUGA